GUGUGUCUGUUCGCCGAUUCCUCAAGAUUCGCUGCUGUUCCCACUCCAGUGUCAAAGAUUUCUGAUCCAGUCGAUUCUGUUACGCUGCUCCCACGAAAAAGUCAUGACGGAUGCUCUGCCCGUCGGUCCGCUCCCGGGCGUCAAAUAUCCCAUUGAGGUCUACUACUGCGGGGAAUGUUCGAUGCCGAUUGAGUACUGCGAGUACUACUCGAAUGCUGCCAAAUGCAACGAAUGGUUGAUGAAGCACCUGCCGGAGGAAUUCGAGAAACGAAUGAAGCUCACUGAAGGCUGUGAAGGCGCCAAAGGCGAAUCAACAGAGGAGGAGAAGAAACGUCAAAAACGGGGUGGCAAGGGUGUCAUCAAAACGAAGAAGAAGGUCGAGAAGGAAAGGCACAUACAGCUGAGCCGACAAGCUCGGGGAAAAAAGAAAAGCGUCACCGUCAUACAAGGUCUAGCAACAUUCGAUAUCGAUCUCAAGGAAGCUUCCAAAUUAUUCGGUCAUAAAUUUGCCUGCGGCAGCUCCGUGACCGGCGAGGAUGAAAUAGUUAUUCAAGGUGAUGUCAAAGACGACCUCUUCGACUUGAUACUGGAAAAAUGGUCGGAAAUCGACGAAGAUUCCAUCGAAGAUCUGGGUGAUGUCAAAGCCCGCUAGACGCACCUACCAACAGAAUAAAGAAUAGAGAAAAUGAGUCUGUCAAUAUUUAA